AGCCCCGAGAACCGCGAUCCAGAAGCUUCGAGGGGACCAUGUCCCUGUCAUCCGAGGGACUCCGGGUGCGUCGCGUCUCGCAGCCCUGGGCGCGAUGCGCGGUGACAUUUCUGACUUGACUGCAGGAAUGCGCGCAGGGAGACCCCGCCAGCUCGCCGCUGCAGGACCCUCCUCCCCGGCGCCCAGGCCCACGGUCCCCAUCGAGACCCCGCGCGGGAUCGAACCCAUUGCCACCGCCGCCGCCUUCAUCUGAAAUAAAAAUGAAAGUGGGGCCAAAGCGGGACCGAACCGCCUGACCGCUGGUUCCGAGCCCGGGUUGGGGUGGAGGGGCGGAUCAGAGAACAUCGUCCUAGAGCUUAAGAAGAGAGAAAGAAAAACAAGAAAACAACAAGAAAAGAGGAAGAAAAAAAAAAAAAAACAACCGAGACCCUCAGUAAAAGUUUAAGAGGAGAAGUGGCCGAGGCAGCGCAGCGAGCCGAGCGAGGGGAGGAUCGGCCGGCAGGACCUCCGAAAGCUGCGAUUCCUUUAUUAAUCUCACUAUAUUUUUGGAGGGAGAGAGGCACCUUUCGCAUCCUCUCUUCCUCUCCGCCCACCCCUGCUUCCCUCCUCCUCAUCUACCUGUCAAAGUCACUGAUCUUUUUGCAUUUCGGAAGAGGACGUCAACGGGAAGGAAUCCCCCCCGCCCCCCGACACACACACCCUCCAUCUCCGUGCAGGUUGCAAAGAGGGGGCGACGCGCACCAGAGGCUGUUCCACCCCCCCCACACCCGACCACCACCCCGGGGUGGGGGGCAACCAGACGAAGGGCGUUGGUACGAGAAGAAGAAAAGAGAGAUUGAUGUGAGACGAACCCGGGACCCUGGAUACUUUUUGUUGCUUCAGCUGCCGACCCCUCAGUGCAUCGGAACACGGAACACAGAACAGGGAGGAUCUAUCUGGGCUGGUGGAUGUACAAUGGGAGAGCCGUCACUUCGCUGAAUUGUUAUCUGCUGCUGGGCAUCUUUUACAAAAGCAAACCAGACCUGAAUCUAUCAGAUAUGUUAAACAAGGAAAAGCAAGCUCCAGGCUGUUAAUGCCUAACGCACAACUAUGUUAGGCUCCCAACAAAGUCCUCAAUACACCUGAAAAUGCACAAUACCAUAGUCCUUCAUUGUGGGUUUUGGAAUCUGCUUUGAGAUCUCAUCCUUUCAAAAAUAUAUGUACAUAUAUAUAUAUAUAUACAGACUUUACUUAUAUAAAGACAUAUUACAUAUAUCUCUAUAUAUUCAGGUAUAUAUGUAAAUAGACACUGGUGGCUGAUAAGACACGAAGAGUGAAAAGAUUUUAGAGAUGUAUUUGUCAAGAUUCUUGUCGAUCCAUGCCCUUUGGGUUACAGUGUCCUCGGUGAUGCAGCCCUACCCAUUAGUGUGGGGACACUACGAUGUCUGUAAGACUCAGAUCUACACGGAAGAAGGGAAAGUGUGGGAUUACAUGGCCUGCCAGCCGGAAUCCACGGACAUGACCAAAUACCUGAAAGUGAAACUGGAUCCCCCGGAUAUCACCUGUGGAGACCCGCCCGAGUCGUUCUGCGCAAUGGGUAACCCCUACAUGUGCAAUAAUGAGUGUGAUGCAAGUACCCCUGAACUGGCUCACCCUCCUGAGCUGAUGUUCGAUUUUGAAGGAAGACAUCCCUCUACGUUUUGGCAGUCUGCUACUUGGAAGGAGUACCCCAAACCUCUCCAGGUGAACAUCACCCUGUCGUGGAGCAAAACCAUUGAGCUCACAGACAACAUAGUGAUUACCUUCGAAUCGGGGCGUCCAGACCAGAUGAUCCUGGAGAAAUCUCUCGAUUACGGACGAACAUGGCAACCCUACCAGUACUAUGCCACAGACUGCCUAGACGCUUUCCACAUGGACCCGAAAUCCGUGAAGGAUUUGUCCCAGCACACAGUCCUAGAAAUCAUUUGCACAGAAGAGUACUCCACAGGCUACACUACGAACAGUAAAAUCAUUCACUUCGAAAUCAAAGACAGGUUUGCAUUUUUUGCUGGUCCUCGGCUACGAAACAUGGCUUCCCUCUACGGACAGCUGGACACAACUAAGAAACUCAGAGAUUUCUUUACGGUCACAGACUUGAGGAUAAGAUUAUUGAGGCCAGCCGUUGGGGAAAUAUUUGUAGAUGAGCUACACCUGGCACGCUACUUUUAUGCGAUCUCAGACAUAAAGGUGCGAGGAAGGUGCAAGUGCAACCUGCACGCCACUGUGUGUGUGUACGACAACAGCAAGCUGUCGUGUGAGUGUGAACACAACACCACAGGUCCCGACUGCGGGAAAUGCAAGAAGAAUUACCAGGGCCGGCCGUGGAGUCCAGGCUCCUACCUCCCCAUUCCCAAAGGCACUGCAAAUACCUGUAUUCCCAGUAUCUCCAGCAUUGGUAAUCCUCCAAAGUUUAAUAGGAUAUGGCCGAAUAUUUCUUCCCUUGAGGUUUCUAACCCAAAACAAGUUGCUCCCAAAUUAGCUUUGCCAACAGUUUCUUCUGUUCAAGUUGCAAACCACAAGCGAGACUGUGAAUGCUUCGGCCACUCCAAUCGGUGCAGUUAUAUCGAUCUGCUCAAUACAGUCAUUUGCGUGAGCUGUAAACACAACACUAGAGGGCAGCACUGCGAACUAUGCAGGCUGGGCUUCUUCAGAAACGCUUCCGCGCAGCUGGACGAUGAGAAUGUGUGCAUAGAGUGUUAUUGUAACCCUUUGGGCUCGAUCCAUGAUCGUUGUAAUGGCUCAGGAUUCUGUGAGUGUAAGACUGGAACGACAGGGCCUAAAUGUGAUGAGUGUCUGCCGGGAAAUUCCUGGCACUACGGCUGCCAACCGAACGUGUGCGACAACGAGCUCCUGCACUGUCAGAACGGAGGGACGUGCCACAACAACGCGCGCUGCCUGUGCCCCGCCGCCUACACGGGCAUCCUGUGCGAGAAGCCGCGCUGCCAGGAGGCCGGCGGCUGCGCCUCGGGCGCGGGCCAGCGGGCGCCCCCGCGCGGCUGCCCUGCGCUACUGCUGCUGCCGCCGCUGGUGCUGAUGCUGCUGAUGCUGCUGCCGCCGCCGCCCGCGCCGCUGGGCACCGCGCGCCCCCGGCUGUUCUAG